CGACAGACUAUAUUGUUUGCGGCUCUCUUUUUGUGUGUUGUUCGCUCUUCUUUUGUUAACAAAUAAAAGAGUCAAUUUGAAAAGUGAGCGAAUUUAUCAAAAAUCGUGAAAAUCGUGUUUAAUCGGUGUGAGAUGGCGAAAAUCAAUAACAAAGCAAAGUAAAUAAAACGCAGGCGAAAAGUGCAUACGACGAAGAAGAAGCAGAAGAGCGGCCCAAAAGUGUAUACGUUCUAUGCAUGUGUGAGUGUGUGUGUAUGUGUGUGGACUAAGAAAGCAAGCAGCUUCAGGCUAGGCUCAGGAGCUUGUGUUGUUGUUGUUGGUGUUGUUGCAGACAGCAAAUAAAUACGUGACGUGAAUUUGUUAAGUGCGCCGUUAUUGUUUCUGUUGUUGCCGUCACUGUUUCGCUUGCACUCUUGCAUCUCUUGUAUAUAUGCAUAUAUUAUCAACGAAUAAGGUCAAAAUAAAACACGCAAAAAGCGUUAUUAAUUCCGAGUAUUCUUUUUAAAUCGACUCUGUGUGCGUGUGUGUAAAUAAAAGAUACGCGCGUGAUUCAUACCUGAGAAAUACACUGGAAAUUGCUGCUUUUGUUGUUGUUGCUGCUGCUGGUGACGUCCAUUGAACUGACGACGUCGACUGCGACGCAAUUGCUUCCUGGCAAAACGACGACGACGAACAACGACGACGACGCCAACGUCGCCAACAGAAUGGAUAAAACAAUAUGUGCAAUAGUGGAGUACGAGUACGCUGCCAAGGAACCAGAUGAACUGGAUCUACACAAGGGUGCCAUCCUCCAUCGCAUCAAACAGAUGCCCGGCGGCUGGUGGCAGGGCACUUUGAAGGCCAAUGGCAUAACGGGCAUGUUUCCCGAUAAUUUUGUGCGCGUUUUGGAGCCGAGCAGCAAUGGCAACCACAGCGAUGACAGUGCGGUUGUCCAGCUCAGGGAGAAAUCAGCGACAUCGAAUCGCCGCUGUAAAGUCAUCUACAGUUACACACAAGUCAACGACGACGAACUGACGCUGGCCGUGGGUGAUGUCAUUGAAUUCCUAGGGGAGGUCGAAGAAGGCUGGUGGCGCGGUCGUUUGCGCAGCAAAGUUGGCGUAUUUCCCUCAAAUUUUGUGCGACAUAUCGAACCAUCGCCCAUUUUGGCCUCCAAGCGGCCGCCAACGAUUGGUGCAACGGUCACAACGGCGGCACUAACGGCAAAGGCUGCUAAUAUUGCCACAACGGUGGUGCCAACGAAUACAACAACAACAACAGCAGCAGCACCUGCCAUAGGAGCAGCAACAACAACUGCUGCAACAUCAGCAACGAAGCAAACAAAAAGCAGAGCAACGGCAUCAACGAAUGCAACAACAGUCGCGGCAGCAACGGCAGCAACUGUGGCAAGUGCUGCAACAGCAGCCGUGGCAGCGCCCACGUUACCACCGAAACCGCAACGUGAUUAUUGUCGCGUCGAAUUCCCCUAUGCGCCACAAAAUGAGGAUGAGCUGGAGCUCAAGGUGGACGACAUCAUCAGUGUGGUCAGCAUGGAGCUGCCCGACAAGGGCUGGUGGAAGGGCGAACUCCGUGGCAAAGUGGGCGUCUUUCCCGAUAAUUUUGUCAAGUUACUCGCCCCCUCUGAAGUUGCGCCCAUUAACGAGCAACAAGCAGCAACAGCAGCGGCCACAACAACAACAACAACAACGCAACGCAAGAUUAACAACACGAGCCACAUGACCACAACGAAUGCCACCAACAAUAGCAGCAGCAGCAGCAGUGGAGGCGGAAGCGGAGGCGCCACAGUGACGCAGCAACAGCAGCAACAAAGCAGCACUGUUGCCUCAACCUCAACAUCGAAGGUCUAUAUCAAAAAGACGGGCAGCAGCAGCAAUUCCUCAUCCUCGGCUGGUGGCAAUCGCAAGGAGAGUUUUGGUUCUCGCGAUUCCCUCAAUGAUAUACUCAGUGAAACGGGCCUGCCCAUUGGCACUGUGGCCGCUCAACGCAAAUCGCUGGAGAACAAAAACCUCGAUCUGAGCAAACUGCCUGGCAGCAAGCAGCAAAUCAUAACAACAACAACGGCAACUUCAGCCACGAGCAACAUGAGCAGCAGCAGCAGCAGCAACACAACAACAACUGCAGCAGCAACAGCAGCAAAUACAGCUGCUGUUUAUGCCGAGCUGCGCAAGAGUCUGGAUAAUAUGGAUGAGAAGAUCAAAUCAUCAACGCCGCCAGUUGUGGGCAAAAAGCCCAGUGUGCCGCUCAAGAAAACGCCCACGGGCUCAGGCAGCAUUUUGGGCGGCAGCAGCACCAACAGCAGUAGCACCAGCAGUGGCAUGAAGAAGAAGAGCGCCGAAAGCAACAAACUAACCAGCACCGUCUCACAGGAUAUCGGCGACGGAUUGUCAGGCAGUAAAUUGGGAAGCGGAGGACAUUUGGCCGAUUCUGGCCUAGCUGGCAAUGUGGUAAUGCGACGUGCUGCAACAAUUGCCGUGGAGGACACGGAUUUCGAUCGGGUGGAGCGUGGCUCUAUUUUGCCGGAUAUGCGUGCGGGACGUGUGAAAGCACCACGCCGUCGCCCCCCCUCCGCGGCCGUAAAUGUUGUGCUCGGCGAGAGCAACAAUAAUAAUACGGUUUAUGUGAAUGGCAGCAGUGCCAGUGAAUUAAGUGAAGAUGGUGGGGCAAGCUCUGGCGGCAAACAGGCAACAGCGGGCUCCUCCGAUGACAAUUCAACGAGCGAAUCGGUUGAGCCCCAACUGGCCAAGCCGAAGCCACGCGACUGGGAGAAGAAGGCGGCGCCGUGGAUGCAAGAGCUAAAAGCAUCGCAGGAGACGCGUAAGAAGACAACGCCAAGCGUUGAGCCGCGUGCCGCAGUCGUUGCAGCCAGCUCCAAAAUGUUUGCCACCGAGCAGGCAACAGCAUCAGCUGCCACAACAACAACAGCAACAACAACAUCAGCAAUAACAACAGCAACGAGUGCCACAAGCAGCACAAGUAAAGUGCAAUCGAGCGCGGUGUCUUCCUCGAGCAUCAUGCAACAGUCCAUGUUUGUGGAGAGCAGCAACAGCAGCAGCACCACCUCGAGCAGCAGCCACAGCCACCGAAAGGAGUUCAUCAAUCACAACAAUAACAAUCAUGAUGCUCCAGCGACGAGAACAAAGGCAGCCAUCGUUAGCAGCGAUGAGGAAUCACGUGGCAUAGCACGACCCAACAGUUUAUCCAUACGAUCCAAGACGCCGCUGGACAAGAUGAGCCUCAACGAAAGCCCAGCAGCUACAGCAGCAAUUGUCCACAACAAUCAUCAAGCAGCAGCCGCAGCAGCAGUAGGAGCAGCAGCAGUUGUUGCAACAGAAUCAAUGCCUCGCGUGCAACAGCUUGAGGGUCGUGUGGAGAAAUUGGAGUCAAUGGUGCUGACGCAACAGCGUACGAUUGAGGAGCUGGUGCGAACGCUGCGGGAGGAGGCGGAGCGGGUCAAGUUGCUGCGUGGCGAGCUGGAUAAAUAUGCGCAGUGCGUGACGCAAGUUUGAAGUGGCAACACCCCAAACAAAAACUUAGCUGCCCCAAAAACUAUAGCUUGAUUGUUGUUGUUUCCAAAUUUUCUUUUCGUUAGAUUUCUGUAGUUAAAAUUGAUUUUUAGCUAGCUUUAAUCAAUGUCAACCAUAAAAAAACACGUAACAUUCCAAUGCUUGUCAAACUGUGUGCAACCAGCUCCCAGCCCCUAAAGACAAUCCCAAUAUUGUACUUAUUAAUUUUUAUUCUCUUAUAUCUUAAUAUCACCUGUUGUCAAUUUCUGUAAACUGUUUAAUUUUGCCAUUUAUGUUUGGACAACUGAAAAACUUUGGUCGAAAAUUGCAUGCAGUACUCCUAUAUAUAUAUAUAUACAAUAUAUAUUUUUGAUAAGUAUUUUUUACCAACAUUCUGAAAAACAUGAAAAAACAAACAACUUUUGUGGGCAUUGUGUGAUUUUUUUUUAAUGAGCUGCGCUUUAGAUUAAGCAUACAUACUACCUAUCUACAUCUAUAUCUAUAUCUAUAUAUAUUUCUAUAUCUAUUCAAUUUAUAAUUUGUUUUGUUCAUUAUGCUUAUUUUAUUGAUGUAUUAAAGUUAUGAAACAUGUACUAUAAAAAAUACUAAAAGAAAACAGAAAAAACAACACACAUAUAAUUAAAUAAAUAAAGUUCGAUGAAGAUGCCUAAACAUUUAAGUAAAGUAAUCCAAAUAAAUAAUUAAACUUA